CCCUUAGAGGCUACCGGGCGGUGGUGCCGCAGGGUUGCAGGUGUGCGUUUCUGUCCCAAAGGACGCGGAGGCUCCUUCGACGUAUUUAGGAACCUCAUUCUGUGUUCUUGAAAGAAAAAAAAAGCCUGGUUAUAUAAUAUGCCUUUGGCGGUACAUCAUCUUCAUAAGGAUAAUGAAUUAUCCAGGCUGCCUUUGCUAUUAAUGGACAGAAAACUCUGAUUUAAAACAAAGUGCCAACAAGGGAUUGUCUUUGGUUUUUGUACUUUGUAGCAUUUCUCAAAUUCUCAUCACAUCUUCUCUUACAGUAAAAACUGCAUUUAAGUUAGAAAAAUGAAGCAGUUGAAAAGGAAAAGGAAAAGCAAUUUUAGUGUUCAAGAAACUCAGACUCUUUUGAAGGAAAUUACCAAAAGGAAAGAAGUCAUUUUUUCCAAGCAGCUCAAUACAACAAUUAAUGUCAUGAAGCGGAUGGCUUGGGAGGAGAUUGCACAGUGUGUGAAUGCUGUGGGAGAGGGAGAGCAGAGGACAGGGACAGAAGUGAAAAGAAGAUAUCUUGACUGGCGAGCACUUAUGAAGAGAAAGAGAAUGAAGGCGAACAUUAAGCUGGUUGGUUCUGGGUUUCCCCUUCCCUCAUCCGAUUUAGAUGACUCUCUUACUGAAGAGAUAGAUGAAAAGAUUGGAUUCCGAAAUGAUACAAAUUUUGAUUGGCAAAAUGUGGCAGAUUUUAGGGAUGCAGGUGGAUCCUUGACUGAGGUCAAAGUGGAAGAGGAAGAAAGAGAUCCCCAGAGUCCUGAAUUUGAAAUUGAGGAGGAGGAAGAAAUAUUGUCAUCAGUCAUACCAGAUUCCAGGCGGGAAAAUGAACUUCCUGAUUUCCCCCACAUUGAUGAGUUUUUUACUCUAAACUCAGCACCAUCGAGGUCUGCCUACGAUGAGCCCCAUUUGCUUGUAAACAUAGAGAAACAAAAACUAGAGUUGGAAAAACGACGGCUGGAUAUCGAGGCUGAGAGACUGCAGGUAGAAAAGGAGCGGCUGCAGAUUGAGAAAGAGAGGCUGCGGCAUUUAGACAUGGAGCACGAGCGGCUUCAGUUGGAGAAGGAGCGGCUGCAGAUUGAGAGAGAGAAGUUGAGGUUACAGAUAGUCAACUCAGAGAAACCGUCAUUGGAAAAUGAACUUGGUCAAGGAGAAAAGUCCAUACUUCAGCCACAGGACAUAGAAACAGAGAAGUUAAAACUUGAGAGAGAACGCUUGCAACUGGAAAAAGAUAGGCUACAGUUUUUGAAAUUUGAAUCGGAAAAGCUGCAGAUUGAAAAGGAACGCUUACAAGUAGAGAAAGAGAGACUUCGAAUUCAGAAGGAAGGACACUUGCAGUGAUUUCUGUAGGUCUCCAUUAACAAAUGUUUGUAAACCAUAGGUUUUUCUCCAAAUCAGAUAACAUAAAAGUGGUCACAGGAUUAGCUGUUUUUCCCCCUUAUUUAAUGUUGUUUUUUUUUCAGUAGGAAAAGAUAGUUAUAUGUGGGUAACUAUAUACUUAAGUAGUAUAUUAUAUAAAAAUAUGUGCCCUAGCCUAAACAGUUCAGCAGGAACUAUUAUGCUGUACUCCUUAUAUUAGUAAAUUACAUAAGUGUGUAUAAUCUGUGUACUCAGAGUUUACAAUUAUGUCUGUAAAAUUCUAGCUCAGUGGUUCUCAGCUGGGGGAUGAUUUUUGCCCCCAGAAGACACCUGGCAAUGUUUAGAGGCGUUUUCAUUUUCAACACUGGGAAGCAGGGCGGGUUGCAGCUGGUAUGUGGUGGGUAAAGGCCAGGUGGGUAACCUGCAUCCGGCAGCACACAGGUUAACCCCCACAAGAAAGAAUUGUCCAACCGAAAAUGUCAGUAUUGCUGAGGGUGAGAAGCCCUACCCCAGCCUGACUGUGUACCUCUAUAGCUUUGUUUUAUAGUUUCAGAAUAUUAAAAAUCUCAGAUAUUUAUGUGUGUAGUUACUUAAAUGGCCAAAAAACUGUAACUAUGAAACAUUACUGUGUAGUAGAUAGAAUUUAGGAAGUGAUGAAGAUUAUAGGUAUUUUAUGUCCAUGUUUCUAUGUAUAACCCAAUUCAGAAAACAACACAGGGAACAUCAGAGAUUGUCCAAAAUGAGUCACUUUGAAAAGCAGUUCAUUCAUGUAAGUAAUGAUGCUUUAGAAGCAACACAUACUUUUUAAGCUUUAGUUCCCUUUUUUCUUGGAAUCCAUUUUCAUAGCUUAGAUGAAAAAAAAAAGUUGUCUUUUUAACCAAGUACUGAAAUCUUCAGGUGAGUGAAUGGGUUGAAGCUAGUGAAAAUGAUAACAAAGUGGUACCAGUAGUUCAUGAGCUUGAACUCAAUGAGUGGUUACUUGAUUUUUAAGAUAAAUAAUAGCAGCUAUUUGGGGGUGGGGGUGGGGGGAGAAUGUCCUCUGAAUCAUGAUGAUGAUGAAAUAAUGAUGAUAGUAGUUGUGUGUUAUAAAUUAGGGAAGCGCUUAUUGUGCACUGUCUGACCUAAUCUGUAGAACAAUUCUUGAGAAUAGCACCUACUCUUAUUCCUUAAUUUGAGGCUCAGAGAAGCUGCACAGUGAAUAAGUGGCUGAUCUUAUGUAUUGUGUAUUUUGUCAUUACCCCUUCCUGAGGAACAGAGUUUUUAUCUUCAGUCCCACUGGUAUUUAUUCUGAGACCAAGGACUUGCUUAACCUGGUGAUUUUGCCUUCAAUGCCCUGAAGGUGCUUUUCCACAAUACAGGUGAUUCUAAUGCACACUAAAGUGGAGAAUCACUGCACGAGAUCACUUUGUACUUUCUGAUUUCCAGGGCUGAUACAUAUGUAGCUUUAAUACAUCUCUUCUGUUGACAGAUACUACCUUGAUUCUGCAUUUGUUCCUUGUUAAUUUAAGAAUGUUUUGAAAUCAUAUGUGAUAUUGGAGUAUGGGUAUACAAGGAAAAAAUAUACUUAUGUUUAGUUACCUUGACUUUGAAAUAGGGUUAUUUUUCUAUAACUGAAAUAAAUGCUUCUACCCUAGAAAUAAAAUUUGCCUACACUAA